AAAGGUGUCUUAUCCAUCUCUUUUCUCCUCCCCCUCUCUCUCUUGUCUAGAUGUGGGAUUUUUGUAUUGUCACUUAAUUUGGCAAAAAAUACUGCCAUCCUUCUCUUAAUACUAUCCUUUUUUACCUAAUUAUUUCCUUCUUACAUAGAAUAUCCAUAUUUGGAAAAAAGAGAUCAAUUCAUGGCUAGAGAAAAGAUACAGAUCAAGAAGAUUGAUAACACUACUGCCAGGCAGGUGACCUUCUCCAAAAGGAGAAGAGGGAUUUUCAAGAAAGCUGAAGAGCUUUCUGUUCUUUGUGAUGCUGAUGUUGCUCUCAUCAUCUUCUCCUCUACUGGCAAGCUCUUUCAGUACUCCAACUCCAGCAUGAAGGGAAUACUUGAAAAGCAUAGCUUACAUGCGAAAAAUCUCGGGCAGAUGGAACGACCAUCUCUUGAGCUUCAGCUAGUAGAGAGUGAGCACUCCAUAAUAAGCAAGCAAGUGGCAGAGAAAAGCCGACAACUGAGGCAGAUGAGAGGAGAAGAUCUCCAAGGUAUGAAUAUAGAAGAGUUGCAACAGCUGGAGAAAUCUCUUGAAGCCGGAUUAAGUCGCGUGAUAAAGAAAAAGGGUGAAAAGAUUAUGACAGAGAUCGAGUCUCUACAACACAAGGGCAUGCAACUAAUGGAAGAAAACAAUCGACUAAGACAACAUAUGAUGGAAAUCUCUAAUAAAGGUGGAAAGAUCAUCCCUGCUGAUUCGGCAACCACAAUCCAUGAGGACGGUCCGUCCUCCGACUCUGUAACUAACUCUACUGGCCCUCCACAAGAUUGUGAAAGCUCAGAUACAUCCCUCAAGCUGGGCUUGGGAUUGAACUACUGAGGCAGGCGAAGGAGCAAUGAAUGGGAGAAGACAAGAGUAUUGCCUAUGUUGUUCUUAAUCAAAUAUGUCACAUCCACCUAUGUAUGUAUACAACGUUUUAUCAUCAGACUGAAUGGUAGUAGUGAAGUUGUACGUUGACCUCAAAAUGCUAGUCUAAUGCAUAAGUAUUAAUUAAUGAAAAAUGUUGCAAGUAAAGAACUUUGUUUUUUUGA